AUGGGGGAGGAGCCCGAUCCCACGCCUCCGCCGCCGGCGCCCAUCCCCGGCGCGGCCCCAGCCGCGCCGCCCGACGCCACCGCCAGCCUCUCCGUCUCCUCCCGCACGGCGCCCGCCCCCUCGACAAGAGCUGUAUCGGGGGCUCGACCCCGCGGCGCCCCGAGCCCCGACGCAGCACCGUCGCCGCUCACGCUCACCACCAACUCGUCGGUGUCGCUUCCCCGUCCGCCUCCCCGAGCCCACUUCCGCCUCCCUACGCUCCGCUGUGAGCCCCGUACGCCCUCCUCUCUCUCCCCCGUCGCCGGUUCAGUGGCCGUCGCCGCCUGA